CACACACACACACACACACACACACACACGUGCACGCAUUCAUAUUAACGCACCAACGCAUUCACAAGCACGCUAACACACUCCCCCCCCAACCAACCAACCAACACACACACACACACCCAACUCCCAACGCAAGGAUGAGGGGUGCGGAAGCACCGUCGGAUCAGGUGCGUGCAAGCCCGGUGCGCAACUUUGUGGCGGGCGGUUUGACGGGGUGCGUGGCAAAGACGGUGGUCAUGCCGCUGGACAGGCUCAAGAUCUUGCUGCAGGGCCACCACCCCAAAUACCACCGCUUCGGCGUGCUGUCGGGGCUGCGGGCCAUCUACCGCAACGAGGGCGUCCGCGGCUACUUCCGCGGCAACAAGGCGCAGAUGAUGCGGGUGUUCCCUUACGCAGCCGUGCAGUUUUUGGUGUAUGAGAAGUCGCGCGAGUUCUACAUUGCGGAGCUUGGGCAGAAGCGGAUCGUGUCCCUCUUCGCGGGCUCCACCGCCGGCAUCUGCGCCGUGUGCACCACAUACCCGCUGGACGUGCUGCGAUCGCGCAUGGCCUUCAAGGUGGGCGACGACCUCACCGUGCGGCAGGCCGUGCGCGACAUCCUGCACACAGAGGGCAGCGCCGCCUUCUUCCGCGGCCUCAAGCCCACCCUGGCCGGCAUGAUCCCAUAUGCGGGCGUGAGCUUCUUCUGCUACGAGAACUUCAAGGCAGCCAUCCUCAGCAUCCCCGCGUUACGGCAGCGCCGCGACGACCCGCGGCACCUCAACCCGCUCGCCAACAUCGCCGUCGGUGGUGUUGCGGGCGCCGUCGCACAGACGGUCUCGUAUCCGCUCGACGUUGUUCGCCGCCGCAUGCAGCUUGACGCCCACCGCCCGGACCAGGCACCGCGGUAUCGCAGCAUCGCGCAAGCACUCAAGGCGAUAUAUGCGGAGAACGGCAUGCGCAGCUUAUUUCGCGGGCUCACCAUCAACUACAUUCGCGAGAUUCCGCAAGCCGGGGUCGCAUACACCGCAUAUGAGCUGUUGAAACGGCUGCUCAAGGUGUAUCAGCCUGUCGUCACAGCGACAGACGCGCCACCAAAGCCCUCCAAACAAUAGCGUAAGGCGGGGGACGGACUGCUCUUUUCCCCCGUGCGUAUUGUGAUUUCAGGUUAUGGCACAUUGGCACUUUGACACUUUGGCACUUUGUUUGGUAGGCUCUUUCGUUGUUUGCUCCACUCGCUUGUCCUUCUCCUCCUUCCUUCUUGAUUUCGUUCUCAUUGCUUGCUCGCUGCCCGUAUGUUUGCUGAGCUGGCUGCUUGGCUGAUUCGUUGUUAUUCAGUGCUUGUUUGUGUGAGUGGGUUUGGGGAGAGAGAGAGAGAGAGAGAGAGAGA